AUGGUCGCGGAGGCGGCGCCGUCCUCCUCGUCGGCGAUCUGGUCGCGCCGCCGCGACGAGAUCACCUUCGACCGCCUCCACAAGUUUUGGAGUGCCCUGUCACCUCAUGCACAACAUGAGCUGCUAAGACUUGAUAAACAGACCCUUAUUGAGCAUGCUCGCAAGAAUUUGUACUGCUCAAGGUGUAAUGGGCUGCUUUUGGAAAGUUUCACACAAAUAGUCAUGUAUGGGAAGUCACUGCUUCAUGAAGGUUCAUGUGAGCCAAGGAUUCAGGAAGUUGAAGCAGAAGAAGUACAGGAUCCUUCAGUUCAUCCUUGGGGAGGCCUUUCGACAACAAAGGAUGGCAUCCUAACUCUUCUUGAUUGCUUCAUAAAUGCAAAAUCUCUUCAUGUGAUCCAGAAUGUAUUUGACAAUGCACGUGCAAGAGAACGUGAACGUGAGAUGCUUUACCCUGAUGCAUGUGGUGGCGGUGGCAGAGGAUGGAUUAGCCCAGUGAUACCUAACUAUGGCAGGGGCCAUGGAACACGAGAUACUUGUGCUUUGCACACUGCACGCCUUUCUUGUGAUACUCUGGUGGAUUUUUGGUCAGCGCUGGGUGAAGAAACUAGAUCAUCUCUUUUAAGGAUGAAAGAAGAGGACUUCAUCGAAAGACUUAUGCACAGGUUCGACAGCAAGAGAUUCUGCAGAGACUGCAGAAGGAAUGUUAUUCGCGAAUUCAAGGAGCUCAAGGAACUAAAGCGCAUGCGAAGGGAACCUCGCUGCACUAGAUGGUUUUGUGUCGCAGAUACCGCAUUUAAGUGUGAGGUGUUUGAGGAUGCUAUUCUUGUUGAUUGGCAUCAAUCCUUAUUGGAGCAAGAUGGAAUUUACCAUCAUUUCGAGUGGGCUAUUGGAACAGAUGACGGAAAAUCUGAUAUUCUAAACUUUGAAAAUGUGGGCAUGAAUGGGCAAGUCCACAGGAAAGGCCUCGAUCUUGAUCAGUUUGAAGACUAUUUUGUUACACUGAGAGCAUGGAGGCUGGAUGGCCGCUGUACAGAAUUCUGUGUGAAGGCCCAUGCCUUGAAGGGCCAAUCAUGUGUUCACCGGAGGCUAAUUGUGGGGGAUGGAUUUGUGACAAUUACCAAAGGUGAAAGUAUUAGAAGUUUCUUUGAGUAUGCUGAAGAAGCAGAGGAAGAGGACGAAGAUGAUGUAGUGGACAGAGACAGCAAUGACCCUGAUGGUGAUAUCGCUCAUCCACAGAAGCAUGCUAAGAGCCCUGAACUUGCAAGAGAAUUUCUCCUGGAUGCUGCUGCAGUGAUCUUCAAAGAACAGGUUGAGAAGGCUUUCAGAGAAGGCACAGCGCGGCAAAAUGCACAUAGUGUUUUCGUGUCCCUUGCUCUAAAACUGUUAGAAGAAAGAGUUCAUGUUGCUUGCAAGGAAAUAAUUACAUUGGAAAAACAGACCAAGCUUCUUGAGGAAGAAGAGAAAGAAAAACGUGAAGAAGAGGAGCGAAGGGAGAGGAGGAGAACAAAAGAAAGAGAAAAGAAGAAUAGAAGAAAAGAGAGGCUGAAAGGAAAGGACAGAGAUAAGGAAAAAACACUGGUUCGGUCAAAAAAAUCAGAUGAUCUUUCACCAUUUUCUCUGUGCAACCAAGCAGCACCAAGUAAUAAUGAGUCUCAGGAUGUUCUAGACUUGAGAUAUUCAGAUAGUGAAGAGGAAGACAAUGUUGUGGUCAGGGAACACUAUCCUGAUUCCUCUGCUGAUCAAUCUUCAAGCAAGGACAGUGAUGAAAGAAGCAAUGAGCAUGAAUGCAGUGCGACAGCAGAAUUUGUUCCCUCAGAUUGUGAUGGCCCAUUUUUAUGUGAUGAGUCUAAAUCAUCUAGAAACCUGAGAUUUAGAAGAGACUUCCCUCAAGAGAAAGAUGCUAGUUAUUGGUAUGAGGAUUGCCGUGAUGACUCUGGAGAUACUCAAUGGCAGUCUAGGGAGAGGAUCAGAAAUAACACUAGAAAUUACAACGCUGUAUUUAAUGCAAAUAACCGAACAAGAGACAGGUACAACCCCUGCAGCUGUGGCCAUCAAGAAGACUACAGAUAUUUUUCCACAACAACUAGAUCAAGUAGGGAGACAAAGAUGUCCAGGAAAACAGUGGCUGAGAAACCCAGGUUGCAAUACCGCAGGUGCUAUCCUCUGGAUAGCUUCGCUGUGUCAAAUGGAGGUCGUGUUGGUGGUACACCAAACAAGAGCCCAGGUCCAAAGCAAGUAUGGGAGCCAAUGGAUGCAAGAAAGAAGAUAGGGAAUGCGAAUAGUGCUACUGGGGCUGCUGAUGGUUCAGAUCAAGUGGAAUGCUCAAAGGAUAUCAGUGAAUGUGAAAAGCUUGAGGUAGUGUGUGAACCACUUGCUGAAAUCUGUUCUGAGAUAUCUGCAGAAGCAUGUAAGUCAGACACAGAUCAACCAUGCAGACAAGGUGAGAAGAAUCAGUCUACUUGCAGCGAUGGAUCUAAAUGCGUGGAUAAGCCAAAUUGCUGCUUGACAAAGGACACUGGUAGGACAGCAAACUUAACCAGUUCGGACAGCUCCUCGUGUCUAAGUGAGGGAGAUAGAGAUAGCAGCAUGAGCAGCAUGACCUCACUGAGUGCUCAGAAUGUAGAGUCUUCAUCUACGUCUGACUCAGAAGAGUCUUCAGACAGGAACAAUAGCAGCCCAGGCGAUCCACCAGCAAAGAAUGUUUCUCGUUCAUUACUUGAGAUGUGUGCAGGAAAUGGUUUCAGGGAGUACCAACCGAAAGGCUUGAACCCUCCUAAUGGCAACCAAUUUGGAUUUAUGGUGUCCCCUUUACAGGAUCAGAUGUUGCACCAACAGAAGGUCCAUGCACCACCAUACUCGUCACCAAUCAUGGGGUUCCACAAUCACCCCUUGGCAGUUCCAACAAAUGGAUACUUGCCAUAUCCUCAGCCUGGUCACUUCUACCCUGGCCCCAUGGCCCCUGUUGGAUAUGGAGUCGCUGGCAACCAGCGUGUUGACUUUCCAAUGCAGUACACCAAUAACAUCCAUGCUUACUCGGGCCCUGAAUUUGGUUUUCUGCCUUCACAACCAGUUCACAAGACCCCAGUGAGCUUCCAUGCCGUGCCAGUGCCACCACUGACCCCGCUGUGUAGAAGCGGAGUGCCAGUGGUGAUAAAUCAAGAGAGGCAGCAGAGCCCUGCCCCCUUCCCUAAAUUAAAACAGGCAGCGCCGGUCCCUGAGACCGGCUGUGCAGAAGACUACACCUCCAAACAGAAAGGUGAUGACGCAGACAGCACACCGUUCUCCUUGUUCCAGUUCAACCUGCCGAUUGGCCCUCCGACCCUGGCAACAUCCAAAGAAGAGCAAAGUGGUGCGAUGCCGUCAACGGCACCGGCACCGGCUCAGAUAGCUCGAGCCCAGCCGUGCUCGAGGGAGGAGACCAACGUCAAGGAGUACAACAUUUUCUCCGGGUGUAACGGGGUGAUGUUUCAGCUCAACUAG